AUAUUAUUCAGUCUCUUGCUUUGCUAUAUCUUUGUGUUUUUUUCUUCUUUAAUUUUUUCUGAAACAAGAAUUCUACAUUUAUAAUAUAAACUCCCAAUAACUUAGUACUUACUAUGAUUGAUUGAGGUUUUUUUCCUUUCUUUGGAUUACAGUUUAUAUCUUCAUUAAUCUUCUUAAUCUUUCAAUUGUGAAUGAUGAUGAUUAAUUCGUGUUUUCCUCGUGAAAAACUUUUGUCGGUUAUUUUUAGUUCAUCAUGGUCAUUUCAUGUUAAAGAAAAGUCGAAAUUUGUUUUUUGAUGAGUAAAGAAGAAAGCAUAAGUAGAUGAUGAAAAGCUUAUGGUGAAAAUGUAAAAUGUUAAUAAGCAGGUCAAGAACAGCUUGUAGAUUAUCGUCGCCCUCCCACCGCACCUAUAUAUCUGCCGCCCUCUAAAUCACGCAAAGGAAAAGGUCCAUGAAGAAACUAUACUGGUCAAGACUCAAGAGUCUACAAUAAUGUUGCUAUGAUCUCUUAUUAGUUUUAAAUUUUUGGGAAGAUCAUGUCACGUUUUUAGAUCACAUAGUAGUGUUUUGUUAUAAAUAGGUUGUCGGUUGUAAUGGUUCACUGGUUUGGCCAUAUCUAUGUUGUAGGGAAACUAAUCAAUGGCUAAAUCAUCAUUAAUUAAUUGCAGUUGAGACUUGAGAGGUUAAAUCUGUGGCCAAUUAACCAAAAAACAAACAUUAUUGUGGCCAUUUGUGAAUUGUGACCAAUUUGUUUUUUUUUAACACGAAAUAAAUUAUGUGGCUAUAUGACAAACUUUUCCUUGUUUUUAUGGUAUUUCAACACAUAGAAGAGGCUAUACAUCAUAUAUAUAUAUAUACACUUUGUCACAAAUUCAACCUUAGUAGGUAAAAGACAUCAAUUUAAACAGAACAGGACGUGAGCCAAGAGACUUUCUCGUAUGUAAACUUAAAAACGCGUUGAAUAGAAGAAAUGUAGUUGGCGGCUACUUGUACAUUUAAACGAUGCUUAUCUUCUUACAUCUGAAGGAUGUUUUUCUAUUAUUAUUUUGCUGAAAAUAUAUAAGUCAUGAGCUGGUUUUGUUAUGUAGUUGUGACUUGUGAGAGAGUUGGAAACACUUAACAAAAUGGCUGCCAAAACAUCAAAUUCAGUUGCUCUUCUUCUCUCCUUGUUUCUUCUACUUUUAUUUGUUUCCUCACAAGUUGUAGUAGCCGAAGCCAACCGCCACCUACGUAACAAUUUGCGUUUGGAUUGCGAUUACAAUAUUUCUCCUCCUCCUCCUAACAUGGCACCUCCAAUAUUUGUACCACCUUCUAGAUCAUCCAAAGGAAGAGGCCUAUAAACAAUCUUCGUUUUGCUCAAGUACCCGAGAAGGAGUGUGAUCAAGAUUACAUACACACUGUGAAAGAAGAACGGUCAACAUUAUGUUAAAAGAACCAAACGAAGAAAAGAAAAACAAUACCAAUGAAAAGUGAAGAUUAAUAUGUUUCAUACAAGUUUGAACGACCUUUUCAUAUCAUGUUGGACUAU